UGAAAACUCCGUCCAGCCCACACGCCGCAGUCCCGGACAGUAAAUGGUGCAGACCUACUGACUCGCGUCGGGUCAACAUCCCGUUCUUGCUACGUGAAUACAAGUGUGGAAUCUUUAAUUGUGUGGGGAGUUAGUGUGUUUUGUAUGUCACGCAAAGCGGAAAGUUGCGGUAAACUUCAGACGGAUUUGUGUUGAUUACCUGUGAAAGCAAAUAGUUUUGUUUUCAGUUGUGAGCAGUUUCUUGUAAAUAUGGCUCCAACGAUUCAGACACAAGCUCAACGGGAGGAAGGCCACAGUAGGCCUUCAUCUCACAGAACUGUACCAGAGAGGUCAGGAAUUGUCUGUAGAGUGAAGUACUGCAACAGCUUGCCUGACAUCCCUUUCGAUCCCAAAUUCAUCACAUAUCCGUUUGAUCAGCACAGGUUUGUACAAUAUAAAGCCACUUCUCUGGAGAAACAGCACAAACAUGAACUCCUGACUGAGCCAGACCUCGGGGUAACCAUUGAUCUCAUUAACCCAGACACCUACCGCAUAGACCCUAACAUAAUGUUGGAUCCUGCUGAUGAAAAACUGUUGGAAGAGGACAUUCAGGCUCCAUCCAGUUCCAAGAGGUCCCAACAACAUGCCAAAGUCGUGCCAUGGAUGAGAAAAACAGAAUACAUCUCCACAGAGUUUAAUAGAUAUGGUGUAUCUAACGAGAAAGUGGAGGUCAAGAUUGGUGUAUCUGUCAAACAGCAAUUUACAGAAGAAGAGAUCUACAAGGAUAGAGACAGUCAGAUUUCUGCUAUUGAGAAAACAUUUGAGGAUGCACAGAAAUCGAUCGCACAGCACUACAGUAAACCCAGAGUCACACCUGUGGAAAUACUGCCAGUGUUCCCUGACUUUAAGAUGUGGAUCAACCCAUGUGCUCAGGUCAUCUUUGACUCUGAUCCUGCUCCCAAAGACAUAUCAGGCCCAGCAGGAGUGGAAAUGAUGUCUCAAGCCAUGAUCAGAGGAAUGAUGGAUGAGGAAGGAAAUCAGUUUGUGGCUUACUUCCUGCCCAAUGAGGACACACUUCACAAGCGAAAGAGAGACCUCGAGGAGGGCGUGGAUUACAUGCCAGAGGAUGUGUAUGAUUACAAGAUUGCAAGGGAAUAUAACUGGAAUGUAAAGAACAAAGCCAGCAAGGGUUAUGAGGAGAACUACUUCUUUAUCUUCAGAGAUGGAGAUGGCGUUUACUACAAUGAGCUGGAAACAAGGGUGCGCUUGAGCAAGAGAAGAGCCAAGGCUGGAGCCCAAUCCACCACCAAUGCUGUGCUGGUGUGCAAGCACAGGGACAUGAAUGAGAAGGAGCUGGAAGCUCAGGAGGCACGUAAAGCUCAGUUGGAGAACCAUGAGCCAGAAGAUGAGGAAGAAGACAUGGACAUGGACAAAGACAUGCAGGAUUCUGGUGAUGAGAAGGAGAAGGGCAGCGGCAGCGAGGCAGAGAACUCUGGUAGUGAAUCUGAGAGGGAAGCUGAAGAUCAGGAACAAAGCGGAGAAGAUGAAGAGGAGGAAGAACAUGGAGGGAAAAGGCAGAGGAAGGCGAGCGGCAGCGGUAGUGAGAGUGGAGAAGAGAGGACCAGAGAAAUGCGAGACGAGGAAGAGAUCUUCGGCAGUGACGAUGACAGUGAUGACGAGCCCAAGAAUUCAGCCAGGAGCAGCGGAGAGGAGGGCAGCGACAGUGAGGAUGAAGGGCGGAACAGAAGAGCCAGCAGGAGUCGCAGUGCCUCUCCGGCACACAGCGACCGCAGCAGUGACCAUUCAGAGACCCACGCUCAAAGUGGGAGUGGCAGUGAGAGAGGCUCAGACUCCAGUGAUGCCAGUGACAGUGAAUAAGCUGCAGCCUGGGCAGGACGGUGAGGACCACCUGUCUCACCUGCAUACUCAGCUCCAGUCACAGCCCUUAUAUCCUGUCAUUGAGCCAGUUGGCAUAGUCUGGGGCUGUAGCUUCUAUGUAUGUAUGUAUGUAUGUAUGUAUGUAUGUAUGUGAGGUGCCCUUUGUGUUUUGGACUGGAUAAAUUUCCAUUUAAAUUUUAUUUGUGGAUUUAAAUCUUGCACCAGUAGCUGUUCAUCAUUCCUUGUUCUUUUUGCUUUUGACAUACCACCACGGCACAGCUUUUAAAACUGUUAAUAAAUUACAUCUGACAUGUG